CAAAACUAUGACAAGGUGAUGAAUCCUAUUUAUUUCUGAGUAUAUCAAACCUUAUUGUCUUCACUGUGUGUCCUGAAGAUGACAAGACUUCUUUAAGUCGUUUCAUUACGCAACAUUUUGUACGCUAAAACUUUAUAUAAGUACUCAUGAUCCUUAUAUUCGCUCGCUUUCUGCAAAUGACAGGAUAUUGUGGGUUUUCUUUAAAUUUUGCUGAAAAGAAAGUGUGUGGGAUGCAUUAUUCACUGUCAGUUCCUUUCCUUAAAGGACUUUUUGUAUGGGUAUAAAAAGCCACUUGCAUUCGCGAGAAGACUUAGUUAUCUUUAUCCUUUGUGAAGGAUAGGAGCCAAGAUGGGUUUAUUGAAAGGAUAUAUUUUAGUUAUUUUCUUCGGUUCAUUGCUGUGUUAUUUCCCACAUACUGUUCUUGGAUAUGCAAUUAAUGUGGAUGGUUUCAAUUUAUACAAAGAUUUCUUGAGGGGAAAAAAUGAUGAAUUCAACGAAAUCGGUGAAGAGGAUGGUGGUGGAUUAGCUAAAGUGACUUAUUUUUAUCGAACUCCAGCAGCAGGAUAUUCAGAACUUGGUUCUGAUUCCUUGGGCAAGAGAUCAAAUAAAUUCAAGAAUUUUAUGCUGAAUCGAGAAGGUUUAGAAGCAUCUGACGAAACUCCAAAUAUUAACAAAUUUUAUUUCACACGAGUUUUACCGAAACGCGGAGCUCUCCUUAGUUGGGCAAUACCUGCUGCCAAUCGAGUACGUAUCGGAAGCUAUCGACCACCAGGAAUAAAUCGUCCAGCUGCAGCUGAAUAAAUCCAGAAAGGAUUGAGAUUUUCUGUAUAGUAACAACACAGCAACGAAUCUGGUUACAUGAACCCAGAUAAAUAAAAUAGUUCUAUUGUGGGUUUCCUUAUACAUAUUAUAGUGUUUUAGUCGAAAUAAAGAUCUGUCACUGUUUCAAAAUAAUAAAGAAAUGUUUUGUGAUUAGAACUUA